ACAGGUAGCAGAGUACUCACUCGUGUCAAAUCGACACGAAAUUAUAAAAUUCUAACCUUUUAGAUAGCGGAGUACAGGUGAAACAAUACAAUCACUUUAUCUGAUAACUCAUUUCCGAUAGUGAUGGAUGACUAAGAAAUCGAUGUCUUUUCAUUCGUAGUGAUGCCAUCAGCUGUGUAUUUCGUAAAAAUCAAUUCGAUUGUUUGCUCUUGGAAUACUUUAACAUUGCUUAGGAAUAUAUAAACAAUAAUGUCAAACCGGUUUCAUAGGGCGGCCAAAGAUGGCAUGAUAGAGGUUCUUAAAGAAGCAACUAGAAAAGAAUGUAACAGUAAAGAUGAACAAGGAAUGACUCCAACCUUAUAUGCGGCAUUUUAUGGACAUUUGGACGCUCUGCGAAUAUUAUGCGGCCGAGGGGGAAAUCCGAAUAAGGCCGAUCUCUUCGGGAACACAGCCCUUCAUUUGGCGGCAGCUCAAGGUCAUAAACAUGUCGUCACUUUUCUAGUUAAUUUCGACGCGAACAUAUAUUACACAGAUAUAGAUGGCAGGACAGCUCAAGAAUUAGCAGGAAUUAAUAAUAGAGACGACAUUCUCAGAUUUCUAGAUGAAGUGUUGACAAAAACUGAGGCUGGUGAUCACAAGAAAGCCAAAGCCAUGAAGGAUAAGGCCAAGAAGGAUUCAGAGAAGAGAGUUAAGGUUUAUCAGAAGCUUAAAUCGAAAAAUGAAGAAAUGCAGGAAAGACAAGUAAAGAAAACACAGAAAACUUCAGUGAUCGAAACGCUGAAGAGCAGAAUCAAAAGUGGUUCGAUGUCAAAUCUCUCUCAAGUUGGUACAGAGGCACCUAGGAAUAAUUUCAGUACCCUUGUUAGUGGAAACACAAUUUCUUCCAAAAACAGAAGUACUCUUCAAAGAAAAUUGGUUAAUAGGAAUAAUAAACUGGCUAAUGAUGACGAAUUCAAGAUCAGUGAAAUAGAAGAUGGAAAAAGGACCAUAAGUUCCAUAAAAGGUUAUCGCAGAGAUUCAGAGAUUCUCUACAGUGGUACUUUGGAACAGACCAGAAGGGGAAAACUGAAUGGUGUAUUCAAUGAAAUCGAAGAAGUGAACACAAGGAACAACUAUGCAACAAUCCAGAGCAAUGGUAUGUCUAGAAGUCUAUCACAACCCGACUUCAUGCAACAAUUGAGAGAAGAGGGUUUGCAGAAGGUUGACCAGGAACCAGCCAGUAUAUUUGUUAGGCCAGGUAUAGGAAGCAUGGCAUUCAGAAAAAGCAUCACAAAUACAUUCUCUGGUGUUAAUGGACCGGAAAUGACAACAACAGGCGAAAGUUCAAUCGGGUCCGAUAGCAAUUACGGCAUGCGCAACUUAAUCAGCAUUGAAGAUGAAUUAUCAGAUGUCGAAUCUAGUGAAGAUGACCAUCCAAAUGGGCCACUUGAAAGAUUUUUCACAGCUUGGGGGCUUAAUGAAUACUUACCGAAAUUCGAAGAACAAAAAAUUGAUUUGGACACUCUCAUGUUGAUGACAGAAAGUGAUUUAAAAACUCUAAAUUUACCUCUCGGCCCUCAUAUAAAACUAAUGACAGCCAUCAACGAAAGAAAAUCGGCUUUGGAACAUCCAGGAGAAGUAAUAGAUAGUAUGCUGUGAAGAAAAAUAUUUAUACAGACAUAGGUAUUUCUCUAUAUGUAAAUUGAAAUGCAAAGAAUUGCAUGAAGAUGUCUAAAUUAAUAUAUUUCAGGAAAAAC